AUGCUGGCUCUCCAUAUCGCCCUUUAUGUCCUGCUGGGCACUUGCCUGGCCUUUGCCAUUGUCGAGUUAGGCCUCUCGGCCUAUGUCGCGUCCAUCUGGAGUGGUGAUCGCGAGACCUACACAUGGAAUCCCUAUGAGGGCUACGUCUACACGACGGUCCAUGUGAGCGCCCCGGGCAUCCUGAUCUUCAUUGUCUUCAGUGCCUGCUGGACCAUCCUGGUCUCUGCAGCGGCCCUCGUCCUCCCUUGGUUCUAUACUCGCAAGGGCGCGGUGACCGGCAAGCUGAACACCAUCCUUGGUGUUUCUUUCAUCGUCGUCUACUUUAUCACCUCCGUCUUCUGGCUGGCCUGCUUUGCAGAUAUCGAGGCCCAGCUCGGCGGUGGUACCAGCUAUAGCGACUACCUGAACGCUGUUAUUGCCUUUGCUGUUCUCCUCUGGCUCAUCUUCCUCGCCCUCUUCAUCCUAGCCAUCCUUGCCGUAUGCGGCGUUCUAUUCUCAGACUGGGCAGGCUACCAGUCCAUGAAGAAGGGGGUAGCAGACCCAGAGCAGGCCCAAACCGCCACGGUCGCUCCCCCUGCCCAUGAUGUGCCCACGGGUACGGCCCCAGCCCCCAUUGCUGCUUCGGAGCUGUCGAGUCGUGAUGCUGAGGCUUUGCAUGACCAGCCACCUACCAGCCAAACAUAUAGUCCGUCCUCGCCCUCUGGUCUUGCCAGUGCCGAGUUGAGCGGUGAUAGCGCCGUCUACCAUGACAAGCACGCCGGUUAUUCGUGA